AUGGUCUCCGCUAUCACUCCUCCCCUUUCCUCCGCCGUGCCCUACCGACUCGCCAACCUUGCAAAUCUCACAUUGGGCUAUACUGUCUACCCUUCGUGGACUCAGAAAGACGGACUUGUUGCCAUGACAUCUCCCCCGUCUCCUCCAUACAAUGACGAUUCUUCGACAGCUGAGCGCUAUCCUCUCAUCAUAAACAAUGCGCUCUAUACUCCGCCCGGAGUUUAUAGUGUCCGACAGUUGGUCGCCACCACGUCGCCCCUACUCGAUGUCAUCAUAUCUCGACUUGGUCCAGAUGGACCAAACGAUAUCCCUGCUCGCACUGUUCUCGUCAAUGGUUUGGCCGCUUCUCUUGCAACUACAGGCAGAGAGUCUACACUGCCACUGGUCCACUCGUCCCAGGAUACUGCGCGCAGGGAGAUUGUGAUCCAAGCAAACAAGAUUGCAAAGACUCUUGUUGGAUACGUCCACGACAGCAUCGACCCUACCAAUGCCAAUCCCAAGAUCCGGCUCCGAAGCCCCUGUGAGGGGCAUCUCUGGACUCCAGCGGUUGCAGGCCUUCUGCUUGGGCCUCGAAGCGACUCCCAGUUGAUGGAGCUCUAUAACGAGUGGCUUCAUCGCAUGAUUCUCCUGCGUGACAGCUUGAUUCCCUUCGAGAACUACGACAAGGUGCCUCUCGUCAUUCCCCGAGACUCGAGCCGAGGCAUCCGCGAUCUGGAGGAGCCUCGGAAGCUCUUCCUUGUACACUGCUUAACAGGUACGAUCCAGCAUGUUGCCAUUGUCGAUCUCGCCAAGGUCUUCACGGCUCGCCAUCUCCCUCGAGGUGGCUACGGCUUCCAGUACUCCCAAGGCCUGGUUUUGCCAGCUUUCUUGUCUGGGUCUACUUCUCUUCACCUACUACGUUAUCAUCCAGCCCAUGUCUAUGACGUGGAGAGCGAGGUAUUGUUUGACUACGAGCACAAGGAAUACAUCGACGCUCCCAGAACAGAGCUCGCAGCGAGUGAAGCCGUCUCUGAGGACGGAAGCUGGAAUCUACCCUCUCUGCUAGGAGUUGACACCAGAGUCACCGAGUCUUCUUUGGCCAUCGACGCUGGGAAAGACGCUCUUCGGCGCAUUGUCAAGCUACGCCUGACGCUGUACUCGGGGAAGUCUGUGUCUGUUGAUCUCGGCCAGAUCGCCCGCGGCCGGCGUUACGCAUAUGAAGUCAAAGCGGACAAGGGAUCUUCAAAGGCAACAUCAUCACCUAUUCUCAGCGCACUCUCGGCCCAAGGCGCCAGUGGCAUCCACAAAACAAUUGUCCACGAUGCAGCGGAUAUCCUCUCGCGACCUGGACUUGUCAUCUCACCCCGAGUAAAGGACGGUCAUGGAAACACAAUCCAUAUUAUUCCCACCUCAGACCCCAUUCUCAAGCUAGCGCUUCUGGGAAAAUUCUAUCCUGAGAAUGUUAUCCUAUCGAGAGAAAGGGAUAAUAUAGAUGCUUUGAGCAAGGCUGGUAAGGGAUUCGCGGAACGCCUUGUAAUCUUGGACCGGAUUAAUGAGAAGGCUUUAAGCUAG